AAAUGCUGAUAUGCGCAGGAGUUAUCUUGGGGCUUGAAUAACAUUGUUGUACCGAGGAGCGAAUGCUUUUCGAGUGUAUAAGUUUUAUAUAGGCUCAUAGUGGCACGGUGUUUGAUAUUGAUCGACAAGUUCGUUUCAAUACUCUUCCCCGUUCGAUUUGCAACUCUACGAACAACCCUUUGGGCAUUAGGGUAAAGAGGACCGCCCACAUGUUCCAAAAGCUAAAGACAAAGACCGAGCUUGAUCCGAGUGGGCAGACUAGGCAGACCUUUUCGACAUGCUAUGCUCAGCUACUCAUGCAUUCUCAAGCAUCCGCCCCGACGAGAGGAAAGCAAGACACUCAAAAACAUGGCGAACGGUCUCAUCCUGAUGCCGGCUCACAACACGAUCAUACGGGACACCAUACCGAACAAACCCCGUUGCUCGCGCCGCUUCGCUGGAGGUCGACGACAUAACGGGGCCCGCCCGGACGGAAGACCGGUGGGCGCUGCGCCUCGCGUCCGCGCUCGUCGGCAUCUUUCGCUAGGCCACGCGCAUCAUCGUCAAGACACCACGUUGUCCCGCUGGCUGUUCGACCGGAGGUACAAGAUGGCAACGAGUCCCCUGCCGUACCACCCGGGUUCUCCGGGGCUGAACCCCGCCAUGGACGGCUUCCUGGGGGACCUGCCGACCCAGCGGUGUGCGACGCUCCCGUUCGAGUCGGAGGGCGUCUUGGAUCAGUUGCGUGCCAUCAACGAUACGUUCCACGGGCGUUCGGAGAUGGCCGUGCACGACGAGGCUGGGAACGCCGAACCGACGCUGCCGCAGUGGCUGCUGUACGACCAGGUUCCCGACUAUGUGCGAACAUGA